CAACUUCCAAAAAUCACCUCUUUCUCUCUCACCUGAAAUUUCUCACUAGAGAGUAGAGCCGUAAGAACAAGUACUAAUAACAACAACAUGGGAACCUUUUCGCAGCCAUAUUAUGCAGCAGGGACUGAUGCCGUGACGCUAACGAGCAUGAUCGCGGCAUCGGCACGCACCGCCGCGACCCACAGGAGGAACUGCGAGCAGCUGGCGGAGCACGCGAGAGUGAUCGGAAACCUCCUCGAGAAGCUAAAAGCGACGGACCUGGUGACGCUCCCGGCCGUGAAGGAGCCGUUGGAUGGGCUGGAGGAGUCUCUGAAGAAAGCGCUGGAGUUGAUUGAGUGCUGCAGAGACAAGAGCUGCCUGUACUUGCUUGCCAUGGGGUGGAGCGUAGUCUAUCAGUUCCGCCACGUCCAGGACGAGAUUGAUCGUUACCUUAGCCUCGUGCCUUUGAUUUCUCUCGUUCAUGAGUUCCGCUUGCAGAAUCUGAAGGAAGGGUUGAAGGCUAUAGAAGAGGACCAAAGAGACUAUACACUUGAUGAGGAGGACGUUGAGGCUCAGAAAGUGAUUCUGAAACCGGACAGAACAAAGAAAGACGCAGACAUAUUGGAGAAGUCUCUAUCUCGCAGAUAUCCUGACUUGGGUUUCCACGAGGCACUUCAAGAGGAGAAGGAGAAGCUAAACAUAGAACUGCAACGAUCAAGAACAAAUAACGACCCCGACCAAUGCCGAGUUAUUGAACACCUCAUUGACGUGACUGAAAAUGUUGUUAAUGCACUUCCAAGCAAAAAAGUUAAGAAGGUUCUAAGCAAUGAACCGACCUAUGUGGUAUCUGGGGAUAUUACCAAUGGAGAUUUUGAAUUGAAGACGGACAAUGAAGUUCAGUCAGAAUGGCAGGCUGAUCUAAUCGGCUGUUGCAAUGAGCCUUGUCUUAGCUUGAAGACCUUUAUCUAUCCUUGUGGAACAUUUUCGUGGAUGGCUAAUAUAGUGUCAAGAGGAAAAAUAUCUCGUGAACGAGCGAUAAACAACCUGCUGGCAUAUUCACUAGUUGGUGGCUGUUGUUGUUACUCCUGCUGUAUGAGAAGGAAAUUGCGAGAACUUCUUAACAUUGAGGGAGGUUCCUGUGAUGACUUUUUAACUCACCUGAUGUGUUGCUGCUGCGCAAUGGUCCAAGAACGACGUGAACUUGAACUCAGAAACUUUGAGGGUUGCCAAGGAAGAAAGAUGAUUCCUCCACCAUUCCAAUACAUGAAAACGUGACGAAUCCCUUGCAUGUUGGGUUG